AUGUUCAAAUUAGGACGCAGCCGGGCUGUGGCUUCGGCCAUUACUGCCGUCAGGCCCACCUCGAUCUCCCGCCUUCCUGGUCUUUCCCAGCAGCGGAGAGCUCUCAGCAUCCACGAGCAUCAGUCUGCGGAUUUGAUGCGCAAGUAUGGCAUCCAGAUUCCGGACGGCGCAGUGGCGCGCACCGGAGCUGAGGCCGAGGAGGUGGCGAAGAAUAUCAGCAACGGCGACCUCGUGAUCAAGGCGCAGGUGCUGGCCGGCGGUCGCGGCAAGGGCACGUUUGACAAUGGGCUCAAGGGCGGCGUACGCGUCAUCUAUUCGCCGACGGAGGCCAAGAUGUUCGCGGAGCAGAUGAUCGGUCACAAGCUGAUCACCAAGCAGACGGGCGCCGGCGGGCGGCUGUGCAACGCGGUGUACAUCUGCGAGCGCAAGUUUGCGCGGCGCGAGUUCUACCUGGCGAUCCUGAUGGACCGGGCGACGCAGAAGCCGGUGAUUGUGUCGUCGUCGCAAGGCGGCAUGGACAUUGAGGCGGUGGCCAAGGAGAACCCCGAGGCCAUCAACUCGACGUACAUUGACAUCGAGACGGGUGUGACGGACGAAAUUGCGCGCGACAUCGCGGUCAAGCUGGGCUUCAGCGAGCAGUGCGUCGAGGAUGGCAAAGACACGAUCCAGAAGCUGUACCAGAUCUUCAAGGAGAAGGACGCGACACAGAUCGAGAUCAACCCCCUGUCCGAGACGUCGGACCACAAGGUCAUGUGCAUGGACGCCAAGUUCAACUUUGACGACAAUGCGGCGUACCGGCAGGAAGAGGUGUUCAGCUGGCGCGACACCAGCCAGGAAGACGCCGAGGAGGUGCGGGCGGCCAAGUCGAACCUCAACUUUAUCAAGCUGGACGGCGACAUUGGCUGCCUCGUCAACGGUGCUGGCCUGGCCAUGGCCACUAUGGACAUCAUCAAGCUGAACGGCGGCAACCCAGCCAACUUCCUCGAUGUUGGCGGUGGCGCCACCCCGGCCGCCAUCAAGGAGGCUUUUGAGCUCAUCACCAGCGAGCAGAACGUCACGGCCGUCUUUGUGAACAUUUUUGGCGGCAUCGUGCGCUGCGACGCCAUUGCGCAUGGCCUGAUCAACACGGUCGAGACGCUGAACCUGCGCAUUCCCAUCAUCACCCGUCUGCAGGGCACCAACGUUGAGCAGGCACACCAGAUCAUCAACGAGUCUGGCCUCAAGAUCUUCUCCAUCGACGACCUGCAGAGCGCUGCCGAGAAGGCCGUGCAGCUGUCCAAGGUUGUGAAGAUGGCUCGUGAUAUUGACGUCAGCGUCGAAUUUACUCUGGGCAUCUAA